AUGGCGCUCACCUCCGCGCGCUUCGAGCUCGGCCCGCGCAUCGGCCGAGGCAGCGCGGGCGAUGUCCACCGCGCGCUGGACAAGCUCACCGGCGCGGUCGUCGCCGUCAAGCUCGUGGACUUGGAGGAGGCGGAGGACGAGGUGGAGGACAUCCAGCGCGAAAUCUCCCACCUCGCGCAGAUUCGAAGCGAGUACGUCACGAAGUACAUAGGCUCGUGGCUGCACGAGGGGUCCACGCGGCUCGCGAUCGCGAUGGAGUACAUGGCCGGCGGCUCCGUCGCGGACUUGGUGACCCCGGAGAACCCGCUCCCGACGGACGCGUGCGCGGUCGUCCUGCGCGACCUUCUCAUGGCGCUCGAUUACCUUCACGGAGAGGGGAAAAUCCACCGCGACAUCAAGUGCGCGAACGUCCUCCUGACCGAGCGCGGGGAAGUGCGGCUCGCGGACUUUGGCGUCGCCGGGCAGAUGACGCACACGCUCGGCGGGAACAAGCGGAAGACGUUCACCGGGACGCCGUUCUGGAUGGCCCCGGAGGUGAUCCAAUCGCAAGACCAGGGCGACGGGUACGACGAAAAAGCGGACGUCUGGAGCCUCGGCAUCACCGCGAUCGAGAUGGCGACCGGGACGCCGCCGUACAGCGACCUGCACCCGAUGCGCGUGCUCUUCUUCAUCCCCCAGAACCCGCCGCCGGCGUUGGACGCCGCGAAACACGACCCCGCGCACGUGGAGUUCGUCGCCGCGUGUCUUCAGAAGGACAGCGCGAGGCGGCCGAGCGCGCGCGCGUUGAUGGAGCACCGGUUCGUCGCGGACGCGCCGUCGCGGUCGCCCGCGCUGAUGCAGCGCAUCGAUCAGCACGUCCGA